GGGUUGCUCUUCUGACUCUAAACUACAGAUUCACCUAAAUUAUGUUAUAUCCGCUGCAGGCUGGCUUGCUUAGACCCUGUCCUUUCAUUUUCAUCAACUGAACACUUUAAGUCACUUUGGAAAGCAGGUUGAGCUAAGCGCAUGCGGUCCUUCCUCUUUGCAGGAUUGGACGCUUUGCGUCUCUUUUGGCCCCAGGGACUCGCCGUCGUCCGGCUGCGGCGUUCGCGGGUUGAGACGAUGGCGACUGGGACGCCGGAUUCGCAAGCACGAUUUGGUCAGUCGGUGAAGGGGCUUCUCACCGAGAAGGUGAACACCUGUGGGACCGACGUGAUCGCGCUCACCAAGCAGGUGCUGAAAGGCUCGCGGAGCUCGGAGCUGCUGGGUCAGGCGGCUCGAAACAUGGUUCUACAAGAAGAUGCCAUCUUGCACUCAGAAGAUAGUUUAAGGAAAAUGGCAAUAAUAACAACACAUCUUCAGUACCAACAAGAAGCUAUUCAGAAGAAUGUUGAACAGUCACCUGACCUGCAGGACCAGUUGAGUCAUUUACUGAAGUAGCACGCUAGAACAGGAAUUGGCUGCUUUGCCCCAUGCUGAGGAGGACCUCUCUUACAUAGUCAUCACACUGUGUGCUUGGUUUCCAUUUUCUUCUCCAAAAAUUCACCUGGAAGAGAUUUGUGAAGAGGAGCCAGGUGACUGAACUUGGAAUCACUUCUUUUGGUUUUUUUUUUUGAGACGGUUUCUCUGUGUAGCCCUGCCUUUUUUGGAACUCACUUUGUAGGCCAGGCUGGUCUGGAACUCAGAGAUUCGUCUGCCUCUGCCACCCAAGUGCUGGGAUUAAAGGUGUGUGCCACGACCAUCUGGCCUUGGAAUCACUUCUUAAAUGAUUAACCCAUACUCUUAUCAGAUAUUUAAGUUGUGUUUAAUUUUCGUCAUUAGCACUGAAAAUAAAAGACACCUUAGCUUGCUAAACACU